UAUAAGGAAGCGGAGCCGCUGGACGGACCGACCUGCUGCAGAAGGUAUUUAUUAAUCUGAACGGAAACAGCAGCAGCGAUGGAUCGAGUGAGGUCCACCUUCAACAACCUGAUUAAAAGCGAGCGCUACAGCAGGUUCACCCUGCAGCCGGCGGAGGACGGAGAAAGACACGUCGAGGUGAAACUGUCCGACGGCGACGCAGAUGACACCACGGAGGUCACCACGGAGGUCGUGGGCCAGGACGGCGGCUCUCCGAGCUUUAGGCCGGCACCACCACGUCAGAGCCGGCGUCAUAUUUACUUCAUGGCCCUGGCAACCCUGCUGAUAUUUGUAACUGGUUACCUGAUUGGUAACAUCAGCCACCGUAAAGUGGAGCCACCGAACACGGAGCCGGGGACCACAGUAAGUCCAGUGCCAGUGACCCCGCCCCGUUUUGUACCAGUGACACCGCCCCCUUUUGUACCAGCUCCAGAUUUGCCGCUGCAGUGGAAAGACAUCGCCCGACUUCUGACGCAGAAACUCAGCAGCCAGGCCUUCGACGAGAGUCUGAGGGACUUUGAUCGGCCCAGACGUUCGGCAGGAAGUGUGGAGGAUGCAGCUCUGGCGAUCCACAUCUCUGAGGAAUUUGAGCAGCUGAACAUGUUCCCGUGGACGGACGUCCACUACGUCCAGCUGCAGACGCCGGACAGCACACGUCCAAACCGUGUCCUCUUUGGGUCGGAUGUCUUUGAACCUGCCGGGUAUCUGGCCUACAGCAAGACAGGGACAGUUCAGGGUAAACUGGUUUAUGGAAACUACGGUCGUCAGGAGGACCUGGAUGUUCUGCAGAAGAAGAGCGUUGAGCUGAAAGACAGCGUCCUGCUGCUCCGCAGAGGAAAGAUCACGUUUGCAGAGCAGGUGGAUAAUGCUGAAAGAAAAGGAGCCGCUGCUGUUCUAAUCUACCCCGACUCUCAAGAUUACAAUUAUCAAGCGGACACAGAUCUUUAUGGACAUGUCCAUCUGGGUUCAGGCGACCCGUACACGCCGGGAUUCCCCUCCUUCAACCACACCCAGUUCCCCCCGACUCAGUCCUCUGGCCUCCCCAAGAUCCCAGCCCAGACCAUCACCGCCAACAUGUCCACUAGGCUUCUCCAGAAUAUCGGCGGCCCUGAGGCGGAUGCCAUUAGCGGUUUCAAAGGCGGCUUCGACUCUGUGUCUUACCGACUGGGAGGCAUCCAGAACGUCACCGUGGAAGUGAACAACGUGCUGGUCAACACGAAGAUCCGCAACGUGUUCGGAGUCAUCAAAGGAUUCAUCGAUCCUGAUCGCUACGUGGUCCUGGGAGCUCAGAGAGACGCCUGGGGGAGCGGCUAUGCCCGAGCAGCUGUCGGCACGUCUGUACUGAUGGAGCUGGCCAAGGCGGUGAAGGAGAUGGUGAAAAAUGAAAGAUUCAGGCCGAGGAGAAGCAUCGUGUUUGCGAGUUGGAGCGCUGGAGAGUACGGAAAUGUUGGUGCCACCGAGUGGUUGGAGGGUUAUAUGUCUUCCAUUGACAAAAGUGUUUUCACCUACAUUAGCCUGGAUGGAAUAGUGAUGGGUCGAGGCAGCUUCACGGCCUCAGCUAGUCCGCUGCUCCACAGCCUCGUUGAGAACACGAUGAAAAGGGUGAAGAGUCCAAGCAGCUCUGGAACCCUGUACGACAUGAUGGGACAAAGCAACUGGGAGGGAAACACACUGAAGCCGCUGUCAGUGGACGACCCCGCCUACACCUUCGUGGCUUUCUCUGGAAUCCCUGCUGUGUCUUUCCACUUCACCUCUCCCAAUACCGAGUCCUACUCUUACUACGGCACCAACCUGGACAACAUGGAUCACCUCAACUACCAGACCAACCACCACACCAGUGAGACGACGGCGGCGGCGGCCCAGUUCGCCGGCCUCAUGGCCCUGCGACUGGUCCACAACCACCUGCUCAGUCUGGACGUGACCCGAUACACCGACGUGGUGGAUGUGGCUGUGAUGCCGGUCUACAAACGCAUCAACCAGCUCGUACAGUCCGGUCAGCUGAAGGGCGUGAGCAGCACCUGGCUGAGCAGCGCACGAGGCUCCUUGAAGAGGGCUGCAGAGAGCAUCGGCAGGACCAUUGAAAACAGUGACCUAGAAAACCAGAAGAGCUGCCGGACCAUCAACGACAGGAUCAUGAGGGUCGAGCGAAACCUCCUCUCUCCGUACGUGUCCCCUACGGAGACUCCCUUCCGCCACCUCCUGCUGGGCCGCGGCCCCCACACGCUGGCGUCCAUCGCCGAGGCCACGGACAUGAAGCAGCUCCGCGUCCAGCUGGCCCUCGCCACCUGGAGCCUGCAGGGCUGUGCUCACGCCAUGGUGAAUGACAUCUGGGACAUCCACGAAACGAUCUGAAGAGGAGGGUGCGGAGAUGCAAGUGUGGGUGCGUGUGUGUGACUGUGUGUGUGGUGGAAAUGAACUUUCAGGUAGAGCGGAGGAAGGAGCUGCAGUAUCAGCACAUCGAGCUCAGGCUGUCAAUCAGAGGUCCUGCUCUUUAAAUACAUGCUUAUAUUUAAUGAAGAUCCAGGAGGAGACCGAAGUAUAAAAAAAAAAAAAAAAGUAUUGAACCAAAUACCUUUUUUAGAAAUCAAAAGCUCCUGAACCCCCCCCCCCCCGCCCCACCCCCAAUCACAUCGCACUUGUACGAGCAUUUUAGCUGUGACCUGUAAACACGGAGAAAUCUUAUUUAUGCUUUAGUUUUAUUUAUCAGUGGCAGUGCCCACUAUAAAGUUAUCGUUUGUCUUUUUAUACGACGUUAUCGGAAGCAGUGCCUUCCAUAAUUAUGACGGUUAUACUGUCGGAUUCUACGGCAGCAUCUGCUACACCAACGACUCCUCGGCUGUUGCUGACAAAGUGGAGCCCCGGGUAAAGUUCGGCUUUUUCUUUUUUGGCCUUUGUUUCUUUUGUCCAAAACUGGUGCACCAUUGAAAUAGUAGUUUAAAAAAAUAUAUAUCUAUGGCACUUUGCUCUGUCAUCCAAACAUCUUCAAAAAGAGAGAAACUAAGGCCAGAAAAGAAAAUAUCUCGAUAUAAGGACAUAUUUAUUUAUAUGCCACAAGCCCGUAGACGGAAUACGCUUUUCUCUUGAGCCUUGUUUAACUGAACUUUUUUCGAGGAAGCCAUUUAUGUUGACUUUAGAGCACUUAAUGAUAUCGUGAUGUUAUCGGGAGCAGUGCCUUCCAUAAUUUAUUCCCAUUAUCGGAAGCAGGGUCUUCCAUAAUGACAAGCAGUGAUGGUAGUUUUUGUCUACCAGUGUGUGUGUGUGUGUUUGACAGUACAUGUGUAUUUAUCGGGAGCAGCGUCUCUCAUAUUUCACUUCAAGGGUGGAACAACUUGUCGGGGACAGUGUUUCCCAGAGUUUUAUUUUUUACAUAUUUAUUUGUUUUUAUUUGGGGUGUGUGUGUGUACGUGUGUGAUGCAGUCCCCCGGACCCCCAGAGUGCACAUGCUUCUGAUUUCUUUAUUUGCUUGUGCUUUCAUAUCUGAUGCUAAUAUGAUCUUAACACAACAGAACCUGAUGUGCCCCAUUCUGACAGGAUUCAAACAACAGAGGGAGCUCGAUUAAUUUACUGCUCUGUAAUGUAACUGAUUAGAAUGACACAUAUAUGCCAGUCAGGACAAAGCCACAAGCCUCCACAUGGGGGCACUGAAGAGCUGAAGUGGGAGGAAAAGAUACUUAGGUAUGAAUUUAAGUGAAACUUUUAACUUCUCUUAGCCAUAAUUCAAUCCAGUGAAUCCAAAAGGGAAUUUGGCUUAACUUAAAUGAUACCAGACAUGAAAUCAAACCAAUCAAAGCUCAAGUUAAGGCCCAGAAGAGAAGAAUACCAGUAUCUUGCUCCACUGAUAGAAGGAGGAAGCAUCACACCACUUCCCUGUUAAAGAAAGGAAAGCACCAUGAACGGGGCUUCAGACUUUUGUUAUGUUUUGUAAUCAAGCAGCUCAGCACAGUAGAAUAUUAUAGCGUAUAAUAUGAUAUAUCAUGGUACUAUAGCAAAGUAUAGUCUGCAACAUACCUGCUCUGACAGUCUAGUUCUCUCGCUUUGUGUUUGUGACUUUAAAAUGACCACAGAUAAAACAUAACUGUCUCUGCAUGUGGUUUUUAAAUCCAUGCUUCCACUUAACCUGCAUGUUACUGUGUUUCUUUACUGAGGUGAAGCUCAACCGACCUGAACCAAAUUACAAACCUGACUAAACUUUCCUUCAAAUUAAAGUUCGACCAACUUGUUCUGUUUCUACUGAUACACACAGUAAGGGGCUGUUGUUACUCUAUUUAACACUUUCUUUCUAUAAAGGUUGGACAAUCAGUGUUUUCCCUAGAAUAAAAAGAAAUAGAACAUAUUCUAUAACUGAUAUUCCAAAAAACUUAAAUGUUACGUAUUAGCUUCAAAAUGAAAACCUGCUAAAGUGGAUGGAGCUUUUAGAAGAAGUGUAUAAACCCUGAAUAUGAACUAUAUUUACAAUCUGCUUUAUUUAGUUACACUUACCCAACAACAUCCCUGUGCUUCAUCGUGCUUGUAACUGUUUUCCUUUGGGACUUUGGUUACAACAAUCAGAAAGAAAAUGUAGAGUUCAGAAACUGGAUUUCACUGUGUUGCUAAAAGUAAAACUGUAUCUGAACCUUUUCAGUUCCUGCACUUAAACCAUUUUGCAAUAAUGUUUCUGUGAUUCCCUCGUUCUGCAGAGAAUAGAAAUAAAUCCUCUUGCCUAGCA